GCCGCGAGUGUCACUCUGUGGAUUUGGCUGACUUGUUGCGAGCCUUUCGGGCAAACAAUGUAUUUUUGUGACAUAAAAUAGUAAGUAGUUUGCUAAACAACAUAGAAAAAGUCGAUAACAUAGAGGCUUCGUAACAGAAAAAAACACGUAGGAUGGGCGAGGGCGAGGACACCGGGUUUAAAACUACUGGCUCCAAGUGGCUGCUGCCUGUCAGUGAACUAUUGGGCUUUCCUCUGGAUCAGGUGAAUUUUCUGGCGUGCCAGCUGUUUGCCCUGGCUGCUGCCUUCUGGUUUCGUCUCUACCUCAGUCCUAGCCAUGCCAAUCCCCUGGUCAGGCACGCUGUGGCCACUCUUCUUGGCAUUGUCUUUCUCAUCUUCUGCUUUGGAUGGUACUCAGCUCACAUCCUGACAGUGGUGGUUGGAAGCUACUUGAUUAUCAUCAACGCUGACAUCAACAAUGUGCACAGGUAUUCCAUGGUGACAGCUAUGGGCUACUUGACAGUGUGCCAAGUGAGCAGAGUCUUCAUCUAUAACUAUGGAGUUUUGUCCACUGACUUCUCUGGGCCUUUGAUGAUAGUUACCCAGAAGAUAACCACACUGGCUUUCCAGCUCCAUGAUGGUAUGUGUAAGAAAUCUGAACAACUGAGCCCGGGGCAGAAGACUCUGGCAAUAAAUGUGAGGCCUUCCCUCAUCCAGUACCUGAGUUACAAUCUGAACUUCCUGAGUAUCUUGGUGGGACCAUGCAGUAACUAUAAGGAGUACAUAGACUUCAUAGAGGGCAGACACAUCAGCAGGAGGCUCAGGCAGCACUCAGGGACGUGUAACGGGCACAACGGCUACGAUAAGACACCGGAGCCUUCGCCUAAUAAUGCUGUCUGUAGAAAGCUGCUGGUGUGCAGCGGAUGUAUGCUGUUCUUCCUCACUGUGACUCGAGCCCUGCCAAUAACGUACAACGUGGACCCUCAGUUUGUGAACAAUGCCCCCUUCCUCACAAGGCUCACCUACGCCUUCUUCUCCAUACAAGCAGCAAGGCCCAAGUUCUACUUCGCAUGGACACUAUCUGAUGCUGUCCACAAUGCAGCAGGAUAUGGUUUCUUGGGGAUGGAUGCAAAUGGGAAGCCAUCUUGGGACCUGAUCUGCAACAUCAACAUCUUGAGGAUUGAGACCGCAACCAGCUUCAAGACAUUCAUAGACAACUGGAAUAUUCAAACAGGAAUUUGGCUCAAAACGGUGUGUUAUGACCGAGCCCCCAGGCACAGGUUGCCGUUGACCUUCAUCCUGUCGGCCCUGUGGCACGGUGUUUAUCCUGGGUAUUAUUUCACCUUCAUCACUGCCAUCCCCAUCACCAUGGCAGCUAGAGCUGUACGGAAGUCUGUCCGCCAACACAUGCUGAGCUCCAGAGGCUUGAAGCUGGGAUAUGACCUCUUCACCUGGGCAGCCACCCAGCUGGCCAUCUGCUACACUGUGAUGCCUUUCCUGCUCCUAGCAGUCGAGUCCACUUUGGUUUAUUACAGGUCUAUGUAUUUCCAUGUUCACAUCAUCAGCAUUCUGGCUGUGAUCGCCCUGCAUCAGAAACACAAACCCAGUGAACUCUCUGCCACCAACAAAACAUGUUCCUCGUCCUCUUCCUCCUCCUCGUCUCCGUGCCCAGCACAGUGCCAGCCUGUUCACUCCAACAGCAACAACAAAGUGGACUAAAAAGCCCUUCUUUAUGUUCUCUUACCGGGCUCCCAGUCAAGAGGUGUUCUCUCAAAGACAAGUGAAUAUCCCCAAAGGGCAUUCAGCAAACUCAAAAUGGGAAAACAUUAUUUAUUUGAUGGGACAACACAGAGCUGGGAAAGAAGACCUUGAUGGAAACGCGAUGAAUCACUUGAGCAUAUGGCACUGGAGAGACUGUUUCUGUCAUAUUGUAAUAUCAACACCACCAGGACACUGACCUCCUCCACCUGCCCCCCCUGCCCCCCCCCAUGCCCAUCUCAACACCAGCCUGCCUCCUCCAGCAACAAUGCAACAGUGUGAAGAGAGAAAGGGAGCUCACUUUCUUCCCUGUCCUCUAUCUGCACUGUCCUGCCCAUUGGUGGGAUCUUAGCCAGCACAGUAGGAGAGCAACAGGACACACACACACACACACACACACACACACACACACACACACACACACACACACACACACACACACA